GGUGGCGCACGGCGGAGACGCACGACGCGACUCUUCCGCUCUUCCACGGCGCGACGUUUGUUUUUUUUUUUCCAUUUUGCACUUCUUCUACUUGACGCUAUUAAUGGGCAUAAUGUCCACCCGAGAAGCUUUAUACUUUGACCGCUCCCUCCUGAGCAGACAAGCUUGCUCCUCGUCGUCGUAAAGAAGAGAAAAGUCGUGGGUGACUUUUUUUUUGGUGCGUAAAAAGCCGCGCAAUAAGAAGCGAAGCUAGCAGCCUGGUGGUCUGGCUUGCUGUUGACAGUAUGAGCCUGGCCGGCGGACGGGCGAAGGAAGCGGGCUGUCCGUCUGUAGUCCUCGGAGCGUGGAUUUAACGCGAAUUCAUGUGGACUUUAUCGGAACCCAAAGGUGGAACGACGACCGGACACAGCGCCUCCUCGUCAGUUGACUGACUGAUCAUGGUCGCCGUGGUCGGCUCUCUCAUGGUACUGCUGCUCGCCGAGGUGUUGAUGGAAGGUGCGACGGGGCUCAUCCCUGAAGUGGGCCGGCGGAAGUACAGCGACUCGGGAACGCAGAGCCCGCAGCAGACCGAGAGCUUCCUAAACGAGUUUGAGAUGCGGCUACUCAGCAUGUUCGGACUCAAGCGCAGACCCACGCCGGGAAAGAACGCCGUGGUGCCGCAGUACAUGGUGGAUCUCUACCGCAUGCACUCCGCCAACGGCGACCACAGCGCCAGGCGGCCCCGGAGCAUGGGGAAACACGCCGAGAGGGCGGCGAGCAAGGCCAACACGAUUAGAAGCUUUCACCACGAAGAGUCCUUGGAGGCCCUGGCCCGCCUGAAAGGCAAAACCACCCAGCAGUUCUACUUCAACCUCACUUCCGUCCCCAAAAAAGAGCUCAUCACGUCCGCAGAGCUUCGCAUCUACAGGGAUCAGGUCCGGGGAGUCCCUCGCCCCAGCAACAGCAGCAACUAUACUGCAGCAGCCGGGUUCCAUCGCAUUAACAUUUAUGAGAUAUUCGGGGGUCCCAAAAGUAGCCAAGCAGAGCCGCUGGUCCGCUUGCUGGACACCCGACUCGUGCAGGACUCUUUGAGCAGAUGGGAGAGCUUCGACGUCAGCCCUGCUGUAUCUCAGUGGACCUCCGGGAACGGCCAUAACCACGGCUUCAUGGUGGAGGUGCACCACCCGGAAGACCGGGAGUUGAACGGCGAGCAUUCCCAGAGACGAAGCCGACACGUCAGGGUGAGCCGGUCCCUGCACCAGGACCGGGACUCGUGGCCUCAAGCGAGGCCUCUGCUGGUCACGUACGGCCACGACGGGCGCGGGGACUCGGUGCUGCACACGCGGGAGAAACGUCAAGCGGCGCUCCGCAAGCAGCGCAGGAAGCACCAGCACAAGGCCAGCUGCAAGAGACACGCCCUUUACGUAGACUUCAGUGAUGUGGGUUGGAACGAGUGGAUAGUGGCGCCCCCUGGCUACCACGCCUUUUACUGUCACGGGGAAUGUCCGUUCCCUUUGGCAGACCACCUGAAUUCUACCAAUCACGCCAUUGUGCAGACACUGGUCAACUCGGUCAACUCCAACAUUCCCAGAGCCUGUUGCGUGCCCACGGACCUUAGCCCCAUCUCUCUGCUUUACCUGGACGAAUACGAGAAGGUCAUCCUUAAAAACUACCAGGACAUGGUGGUGGAGGGAUGUGGAUGCCGGUGAGAAACGGAUGCUGGUAUGUACGGAAGGACAGAGGCACCCAAAAAGGACUUGAAAAGUUUUUAUGGACACCCGCUUUCCCCGAUGAAGACAUUAUUUAUAUGAAAAGAAAUAGAAAUCACAGAGAAAGACACUAUAUGAAUAUAUUUAUGUCUACGUAAUGUUGGGAAAUAAAUAUUUGAAUCAGAGGAAUAUACAGUAUAUAUUCCUUUUACUGGUUUUAAACAUGUGUUUCUGAUGUACAUUUCCAAAUGGGUGCAAUACCACAUGAAGUAUAAUGCUCAGAUUUUUAUUUUGUAUUUAUUUCUAUCAUAACCACUUUAUUUGUAAAUAAAU